CUCGUGCUGCGUCUGCUGCCCCUGCUGUGGCUGUCGCCGAUGGCGAGGCCCGACACCCGCUCCCAGACCACGUCGUCGUCAUCAGGAGUCCCCGGCUUCCUGGCCCGCACCGACACGCCCAGCGGCGCGACCACCCCUGGCGCCCCUAGUAUGCAGCUCCUGCAGGAGCGGGCGCAGGCCCUGAUGCGGGAUUUCCCACUCGUGGACGGCCACAGCAACCUGCCGCAGUUCCGGAAACAGCUGUUGGAGAACAGGCUCCAGGAUGUCAACCUGUGCCACUUCAGCCACAGCCUGGACGGCCUGAGGGACAGCCUUGUGGGUGCCCAAUUCUGGUCGGCCUACACCCCGUGCCAGACACAGCAGGGGGACACUGUGCACGGCACGCUGGAGCAGAUCGACUUCAUAUGCCACGCAUGCACCUCCUGCAGUGAGCUAGAGCUGGUGACCUGAGUCCAUGGUCUGGAAGACACUCAAAAGGCGGCCUGCCUGAUCAGCGUGCACGGCGGCCACUCACUGGUCAGCAGCCUCGCCAUGCUUCGAGCCUUCUACCUGCUGGGUGCGUGUGCCCUGGUGCUCACGCACACCUGCAGCACGCCCAGUUUUGAGAGCACCUCUACACCAACUAAAGAGCACCUCUACACCCGCCAAAGUGGGCUGACAGGCUUCAGCGAUCAGGUGCUAUGGGAGAUGAUGGUGGACUUGUCCCACGCGAAGGACGCUUUGGCGCAGCAAAGCCUGCGGGUUUCGGAGGCCCCCGUGAUCUUCUCCCAUUCGGCUGCCAGGGCCGUGUGUGACUCUGUACUCAACGUGCCUGAUGACACCCUGCGACUCCCAAAGCAGAACCAGGGCGUCAUCAUGGUGAUGCUGUCCAUGGGGAUGCUCCACUGCAACCUGUUGGCCAACGUGUCCACUGUGGCAGAUCACUUUGACCACAUCCGGGCAGUCAUUGGAUCGGAGUUCAUUGGGAUUGGCGGAAGUUAUGAUGGGGGUGACCGGCCCCAUGCUGGCCGGCUGGUGUCCACAUACCCGGUUCUGAUAGAGGAACUGCUGAGACGCGGCUGGAGUGAGGAGGAGCUCCAGGGCGUCCUUCGAGGAAACCUGCUGCGGGUCUUCAGCCAGGUGGAACAGGUGAGAGAGAAAAGCCGUGGGCAGAGUCUUGCAGAGCAGAGCAAGUUCCCAGAGACCUCCCCGCAUCUCGUCAUCAGCCUCGUGACUUUGGCCACCUUCGCUGCCUUCAUCUUGUGGUACCGGUGA